AUGGACACGGCGGCUCGGAACGAGCAGCUGUUGGACCGUCGGUCACGGCUAACCGAGGGGCUCGUCAGCUUGCCCUAUGACCUGAUCUUGUACCUGGAGCGGGCGGUUGUCCACUCGGAUCUAGGAUAUCCGGACCUGGCUGCCGGCGAUGCAUAUCGCGCCUUGCUUCUUGCCGACGAGGUUCUCAACGAAGGGUUCGAAUACCAUGACCAGGCUCUAGAGUCUCUGCAGAUGCACACUGCGGUCCCCCUCCCUGAUGUGCUGGUCCACGGUAACCUCCCAGAGGACGAGCUGCAUGACUCCCAGGGAGAUUCAGAGGGAGACGACGUGGUUAGGCGCCUGGCCACCUUGGCCUCGGUCCGUGCCUAUCAGAUCCUGUCUCUCGGUCUUCUUCUUUGCGGAUCUCUCAAAAGUGCCGCCAGCUUCUGCCAGCGUGGCCUCAAGCUCUGUCCCUCGAACCGAGAGCUGCUCGAUACCAAGAACAACAUCAACAUGGUAGCUCGCCGGAGACUCCGCCGCGACGAUGUCGACAUCGACUACCCCAACCUCCCCGACGGCGGCCUCGUUCGCCGUGAGGUGUAUCCCUGGAACGACCAUGAGCCUGAUCGAUUCUCAGCCGAGUCGCUUACGGACCUGAAUGAGCACUUGAGCCAAAUGGCCCCCAAGUGUGCAGUCGAAGUUGCUACCCUGCCCAUCUUACUCGAGGGAGCCAGCAGUACCGACGACUACGAGAUCAUUCCGACCUGCAAGCAGCUCGGGGUCUUUGCCAAGGAGGAUAUUGCCCCUGGCGAGGUGGUUCUUAGGGAAUAUUCCCUUCUAACUGCCAAUAACCGCUUGAAAGACUCCAUCUGCGACGCCUGCAGCUCCGAUUUGCCGCCACUCGGCAGUGAGAAUGAACCUGUCAGCUGCGACGAAUGUUACGAUACUGUCUUUUGCACACAGUAUUGCCACGAUCAAGCCAUGGAGCGGUAUCACCCUGCCGUCUGCGAAAAGGACGUUGAUGCAAUCGCCAAGGACCCUGACGCUUUCGAGGCUGACGAGACCCUGUACCUGCUGCUGCUGUCCCGUGUGCUGGCGAUUGCAGCCCACGAGGAGGUUCACCCCCUGGACGUCCGCGAGGUCAAAUACAUCUGGGGUGACUUUGUGCCAACCAGAACCAACGACAUCAACGUCUCGCCAAACGCCGGCCCUCCGCCUGAAUGGACCCUCCCGUUCUCGUUCAAGUAUAGCAUCGAGACACCGCUCCACGUGCUCGAGAAGAUGGACAUUGAUAUCUACGCCUCCCUCGCCGAGUAUGAUCUCUGGGUGCUCAACACCCUGUAUGCCAAGUUCCGCGGCACUGCUUCAGCCCGCAAGAACCCCCGGGACGGCCGCCCAGAUGUGGCCGCCGUCCACCCUUAUUGGUGCCUUGCGAAUCACGACUGCGACCCCAACGUCACCUGGGAAUGGGGCGGCCGCAUGGUGCUCGAGGCCAGGCGAGAACGUGUGCUGGAUGGCCGACCGGGGGGCAUCAAGCGUGGAGAAGAGAUCUUGAACCACUACUGUGACGUAAACUUGCCCGUGCAGCAGCGUCGAGAAUGGGCGCGAGGCAGCCUGGGCGGCUGGUGCAUGUGUAAGCGGUGUCGGGAUGAGGCUGCUGCAAGCGAUUCGAAGCACGAGGCUUGA